GCGUGUAGGCGAGUCACGUGCGGCGCAGCUCGCGCAUCGCCUGGCUGUUGACUGUUGGUCUGAUUGAGCAGGAUCUCCUUCUCUCUCUCGCUCUCUCCACUUCAUGCUUUCCCGUUAAAAAACUCGACUGAAGAAUGAGCGAUAACGAUGACAUCGAGGUUGACAGUGACGAAGAGUCGCCGAGAUACUAUUAUAUGGCGGACAAACGAGCUCAUCAUAAUGCGCUGGAGCGCAAACGCAGGGACCACAUCAAAGACAGCUUUCACAGCCUCCGAGACUCUGUGCCCGCCUUACAGGGGGAAAAGGCCUCCCGAGCUCAGAUCCUAGACAAAGCUACAGAGUACAUCCAGUACAUGAGACGGAAAAACCACACGCACCAGCAGGACAUCGACGACCUGAAGCGACAGAAUGCUCUGCUGGAACAGCAAGGUGAGAAGCUCCGUCUCCAUCCCACCUCCUCCUCCUCCUCCUCCUCCUCCUCCUCCUCACACCACGCAGUUCGAGCGCUGGAGAAGGUGAAGGGGAACACACAGCUGCAGGCCGGCUACUCCUCCUCAGACAGCAGCCUGUACACUAACCCUAAGGGCAGCACCGUAUCAGCCUUCGACGGCGGCUCCGACUCGAGCUCGGAGUCAGAACCCGAGGAACCGUCCACCAGGAAGAAGCUCCGGCAGGAGGCCAGCUAAGACCAGCACCUCCUCACGCGCUUCCAGCUUCUCCUCCGCUGCUCCCUUCUUCCUCCUCAGUGUGCACCAAUCAGAGACUCCACAACUUCCUGUUUCGUGUCUUUACAGGCUUCCCAGACACCGGCCCACACCCAGAACCAGAACCAGACCCAGGGAGCUAGUAGAGAAGGACUUGUAGCACACGUCUCUCUCUCUCUCUCUCUCUCUCUCUCUCUCUCACUCACUCUCUCGUCCGUCCUCCUUCCGUCUCUCUCGGGCCGGCUCAGCAGUAACAAGCAGCAUCUCAAACCCACAACGAGGCAGCUUCAUGAUUUACGGACCUGACGCUUCUUCCGUAUGGAAGCUUACAGCUCCGGGCACUGCUCAACAAUUCCUUUGUGUUCUUUUUUUUUUUUUUGUACAUGUUAAAAAGAACAAAAAAAGCAAAAAAAAGCAAAAAAAAAAAACAAACAAACAUCAUAAUCAUCCGAGUACUUACCCUUAGCGUGACCGUUCCACAAAGGAGCGGUUGGGUCAUCUUUCUAAAUAUUUGUACUUUUCCACAAGAGAACGUUCUACUACGCGAACGCAGACCGAUCGAAUCUGAUCAAAUCACUGACUAAAUUUGGUUUUAAAAAAAUAAUAAUAAAUGAAUCAAAUUUUCUUAAGUUGUUUUAUCGUGAAUUAGUGAGUGAGUUAGUGAGAGAUAGCUGAACGUUUUUUUUAUAUAAAGGAAUACAUUAAUUUAUAUUCUCCCCUAUAGAUAUAUAUAUAUAUAUAUAUAUAUACACAUUAUAGAUAUAUAGAUAGAUAUUAUAUGUACUGGGUUUUGUACGUUUCAUGCAAUUUUGGGGAAAUUAAAUUUAAUAAAAUGUUUUUUUUUGUUUUUUCCCCCCAUCGCCACAGUUUAGAAAACAAAAUGUCUUCAGGGAAAACAACAUGUCCAUGCUGAUUGAUUUUUUGACGCACCUCCCAUUCACUCCUUUUUUAAAAAAAAAAAAAUGUUCAUGUUUAUAAGUUGUGUGUAUAUAUUAAAAAAAAUAAUUUUAUCCAUUUUUUUCCCCCCUCAUAGCACCUCCUUAAAUUGAUUCCGUUCCACGGAAGUGACCGGUAUGUCGUACAUACCGCCAGCCAAUCGUCUUGCAAAAUUGAGGCCUACCUUUAACUACGAGACUAUAAAUAAAAACUAUUUUAUCCUUU